GAUAUUGUUAAGAUUAUGCCCCAAUAUUUCGGAAUGGCCAUAUUUCCUCUGCUGGUUUUUUUCUUUACAAAGCAUACUUUAUAUCCUAUUUUAAUUUCGACUCGAAACGUGUGACAUUUUUACUGCACUAUAGGCCUAAAGUUCGCAGAAAGAAAAAUGUUUAGAAGAAAACUGAGCGCCCUGGGUUAUCAACAGCCAAGCUCUUUCAAUGCGGAAGAUGAAAAAGAAUUUCGUAAUUUUAUCAUAUGGAUGGAAGAUCAGAAAAUUCGCCAUUAUAAAAUAGAGGAUCGAGCUGCGCUUAGGAAUAUCAAAAGUAGUGACUGGUCAAAAGCACAUGAAAAUUAUUUAAAAGAGUUAAACUGUCCUUAUCAGCAAUCGGAAAGGAGCAGUGUAAUAGAAUGGCUACUAGGAUAUGCAAUUCGACUUGAAUAUGGAGACCAUGUAGAGGAGUACAAGGCAGCAGAUCCUUCAAAAGUGGCAAUGUCCCAGUCUGACCGAGUCCCUUCUGCAAAUCCUAUAGACAAUCUGGAUUUUAACGAUGCAGAUUUUAAGGCGGGUAUCACAUCUUUAUCUAUGAUUUUACAAAUACCUCCACAUGCUGAUCACUUAGAGCAAUUAAAGGCGAUUUGUAUGGUUGUGAGAGACAGACUUUCCCAGGAGGCCCUGAAAAAGUUUUCAGCAGAUUCACAGGGUGAACAACUUCCGUUGGAUCAAACAGAUUUAGGAUUUGACACAGGAGAUUACAUUAUAAAUGAAGCUGCUAAAAUUCUUAGGCUUAUUCACAUCAAGAAUUUGAGAGACUUGCAAACUCGGAUAAAUGCUGCCAUUGUUGGUGUGCAAGCCCUUAUAGCCAAUCCAAAGACAGAUAGUCGGCUUGGAAAAGUUGGAUUUUAAAAGUGGUAACAAAAUGAACUUGUGACAAGUUGUGGACAGGAACCUUGUUGUCAAACAUUGCAUUAUUAAACUGGAUUAUGGAUGACAAUACAGUGCUGUGACUUAUCCAUUAGCUGUAGUAUUUUAUCUGCAACUACAUUAUGGCAAUUACUUCAACCAUUCACUCCAGCCUCAAUGCAAGGAUGCCAGCUGAUGUGAUUAUUCAAUGAAGCAAACAUUGGUCAUACAUGGCAACUUCAGAAGGGGCAUUCAUAGCUAUUAAACUUGCUCUCUGUUUC